AUGUCUGCACUCCGAAGGAAAUUUGGGGACGAUUAUCAGGUUGUGACCACUUCCUCCAGUGGCUCUGGAUUUAAUCAAGCUGCCCCCAAAAAGAAAAGGCAGAGGUUUGUGGAGAAGAACGGCAGGUGCAAUGUCCAGCAUGGGAACCUGGGAAGCGAGACCAGCAGAUACCUCUCUGACCUCUUUACCACCUUGGUGGACCUUAAAUGGCGCUGGAACCUAUUCAUCUUCAUUUUAACUUACACCGUUGCCUGGCUUUUCAUGGCAUCCAUGUGGUGGGUCAUUGCCUACAUGAGAGGGGAUCUUAACAGAGCACAUGACGAGAACUACACACCUUGCGUGGCCAACGUCUACAACUUUCCAUCUGCCUUUCUCUUCUUCAUCGAGACUGAGGCCACCAUCGGGUAUGGAUUCAGGUACAUCACGGACAAGUGCCCCGAAGGAAUAAUUCUCUUCCUUUUCCAGUCCAUCCUUGGUUCCAUCGUUGAUGCCUUUUUAAUAGGCUGCAUGUUUAUUAAGAUGUCCCAACCCAAAAAGAGAGCAGAGACUCUCAUGUUCAGCGAACAUGCCGUCAUCUCCAUGAGGGAUGGCAAGCUCACCCUGAUGUUCAGAGUGGGCAACCUCAGAAACAGCCAUAUGGUCUCCGCUCAAAUUCGCUGUAAAUUGCUUAAAGUAAGUAUACACAACGUCAUAUGUUUUUUUGAAUCUUGUAGCUUUAAACCUUUGUGGUACAAUGAAGUUCAGCAUGUUUGA